ACAGUCGUGGCGAACAAACAAACAAACAAACAAGCAAACAAACAAACAAACCGUCCCUAUAGAGAAAAUUGUGUCCUCCUCCCCCUGCAGGAGUGUACGUGAGUAAGAACGACAUCGGGGUGGGGGUGAUGGCGGGAACUGCCGUGGCGAACAAACAAGCAAACAAACAAACAAACAAACAAACAAACCGUCCCUAUAGAGAAAAUUGUGUUCUCCUCCCCCUGCAGGAGUGUUCGUGAGUAAGAACGACAUCGGUGUGGGGGUGAUGGCGGGAACUGCCGUGGCGAACAAACAAACAAACAAGCAAACAAACAAACAAACAAACCGUCCCUAUAGAGAAAAUUGUGUUCUCCUCCCCCUGCAGGAGUGUUCGUGAGUAAGAACGACAUCGGUGUUGGUGUGAUGGCGGGAACAGCCGUGGCGAACUACACCCUCAUCAUCGGCUGCUGCUGCCUCAUGAAGCGGAAGGACCAGCAGGUCCGGCUGGAGGCCUGGCCGCUGACCAGGGACACGCUUUGGUACAUCUUCUCACUGGGAGUGCUCUUCGUCAUCAUCUUCAACGGGAAAAUAGACUGGAGUGAAUCUUUGUGUCUGCUGGUGGUCUAUGUUCUCUACAUCUUCUCAAUGCACUUCGACGACAGUCUGCAGAGGCAGUUCGACCGGCUGGUGCUGCGGCGGAACCCGGAGACGGGUCAGACAAGGUGCUGCUGUGUUCCCAUGACGGGGGAGGACACAGGCCACGGUCUCCUGACGGGGGAGAAGCUAUGGGAUGGUGACAGCCAGCAAGAACAGGAAGAGGAGGAGGAGGCUGAGUCGGUCCUUGCAGUACCGGAGUCCCCCGCCAGGCGCGUCCUGUGGGUCCUGUGCCUGCCCAUGAUCGUGCCCAUGUUCCUGACCAUCCCGGACUGCCGCCGGAAGCCGUGGCGGAAAUGGUUCCCGCUGACGUUCCUCAUGUCCAUGGUCUGGUCAACCGUCUUCUCGUACGUGCUGAUAUGGAUGGUAACCGUCAUCGGUUUUGCGAUGGGAGCUUCCGACACGUUGAUGGGGAUCACGCUGUUAGGAGCCGGGACCAGCGUGCCGGACCUGGUGGCGUGCGUGGUGGCGACUUGGGCUGGAGAGGGUGACAUGGCGAUCAGCGCGGCAGUCGGGGCCAUCACCUUUGACAUCCUCCUGUGCCUGGGCCUGCCGUGGUUCAUCAAGACCGUCUUCCUGGACCACUUCGGCGUGGUGCUGGUGCAGACGGCGGGUCUCAGCCUCACGCUGGGGUCCAUCUUCCUCACCAUCGCCUUCGUGUUUGCCGGGGUGUGCCUCAGCAGGUGGCAGUUCCGCAGGGCCUUCGGGGCCGCCUGCUUCGUGGUGUACGUCGCCUUCGUCGUGUUCGCCGUCUUUACUGAGGAGAUGUUUACAGGGACGAUAGCCUUUUAUCCGGAUUGCGAA